AUGUCUCCAGCACCAGAUGACGAACAGUCCAACCGACAGACGAGAUAUUUCGAGCUCCCAGCGAAUGGAGAACAUACCGUCCCACUAACAGACGAACUCCCCCCCUACGAAGCACUAGCGGAAUUAGAAGCCACGACCACUAGCCGUGAAGAUGGACGAAUUGACAUAGACCUCAGUUCGAGAAUAGCUCGGCGACUGUCGAAACUCGUUCCUUCGGGAAAACCUCCCAUUUCUUAUGGACAGAAUCAACCGCCCGCAUACACCGAGACAAGCGGAAAGAGCAUUCGUCUCAAUAUCGUCAUCCAAGUCGUUGGCAGUCGAGGCGAUGUUCAGCCCUUUGUCGCGCUAGGUACUGAAUUACAGCGCCAUGGCCACCGAGUGCGACUCGCGACACACGGUCAAUUCGAUAAAUUCGUGAGAGAAUCUGGUCUAGAGUUCUUUUCCAUUGGCGGCGACCCCGCAGAACUGAUGGCCUACAUGGUCAAAAAUCCUGGUCUCUUCCCUAGCAUGAAGACACUGCGCGGAGGCGAAAUCCAACGAAAACGAAAAAUGGUGGAUGAAAUGUUGCACAAGUGCUGGAGCUCGUGCAUUGAGCCUGAUGAACUUGCAGGACGACCAUUCGUCGCAGAUGCCAUCAUUGCAAACCCGCCUAGCUUUGCGCAUAUUCAUUGUGCGCAAGCUCUCGGCAUCCCGUUACAUCUGAUGUUUACGAUGCCGUGGACGAGCACGAGAGAAUUCUGUCAUCCACUCGCGAAUCUCAAGUCUGAUGGGAGUGAUAUGUCGGCGACAGCUGCGAAUUAUGUGUCGUAUUCAUUGGUUGAGUGGAUGACUUGGCAAGGACUUGGCGAUAUCAUCAAUGCGUGGAGAGACACAAUAGACCUAGAACCGAUUCCUUUUAGUGAAGGGCCCUGUUUGACCGAGACGUUGGGGGUUCCAGUCACAUACUGUUGGUCUCCAGCUUUGGUACCCAAGCCAGCCGACUGGCCUGAGAACAUCGAUGUAUGCGGCUUCUUCUUCCGCGAUACUCCAAAAUAUCAACCUGAGGCAGCUUUGCAGCAGUUCUUGGCCAGUGGUCCGCCACCGAUAUACAUCGGCUUCGGCAGUAUCGUAAUCGACGACCCCCGGAAGUUGACAGCGACAAUUCUGGACGCUGUUCGUGCGACUGGAACACGGGCAAUUGUUUCUCGAGGAUGGAGUCAGCUUGGUGGUGAUUCGCCUGGUGACGGUCAAGUCUUUUUUCUGGGAGACUGCCCGCACGAGUGGCUGUUUCAGCAUGUCACUGCGGUGAUACAUCACGGAGGCGCUGGAACCACAGCUUGCGGGCUUCUCAACGCAAAGCCUACUACUAUUGUGCCUUUCUUUGGAGAUCAGCCGUUUUGGGGAAACAUGGUCCACGCUGGUGGUGCAGGUCCAGCGCCCAUUCCCUUCAAGGCCCUUAACAGCAGUAAUCUCGCCGAAGCUAUUCUAUUCUGUUUGACACCUGAGGCUUCGGCAGCUGCACGACAAAUCGCCGAUAAGAUGUCAAGUGAAGCUGGCGUCAGGCGAGCCGUGGCAUCCUUCCAUGCAAACUUACCUCUCAACGAUAUGCGAUGUGACCUUUUACCCAAUCGUUCUGCAGCAUGGCUUUACGACAAGAAGGGCAAGAAGAUAAAGCUGUCCAAGGUAGCUGCUGAGAUAUUAGUUGAGAAUGAGAAGUUGUCGUGGAAUAACCUCAGGGUUUACCAACCGCAACCAGUUCAUAUUGAGAACCGCCGUUGGGAUCCGUUGACCGCGACACUUUCGACGCUCGCCACGACAGGAGUUGGUAUGGUGACAUCGGCCUCUGACAUCGUCGUCAAGCCCAUCCAAGCUCUACGGCCAGUGACCCCAAGCGGUAGCAGAUCAGCCAGUCGAGAUCGAUCAGGCGCUAACUCAAAACGCCCCUCGGAGGAGGAUGUCUUCGGCAGACCAGCAGGCAUGGAUCUCCCCCCAGCACCAACAACCACCAAAGACAAAGACCCCCAUCACGGUGCCCUAGCAGCCGUCAAGGGCUCAGCUUCCGGUGUCGGCGGCUUCUUCAAACACUACUCCAAAGGCAUGCUUCUCGACCUCCCCUACGCCGUAACAGAAGGAAUGCGUAACGCGCCCAAACUCUACGGCGGCAAAGCCUACGACCCCGGUGCCGUGACAGAUUGGAAAUCAGGCGGUAUAGCAGCGGGCAAGAACUUUGCGCACGGUAUGGUUGAAGGUAUAGGCGGUAUAGUGUUAGAGCCUAUGCGAGGGGCGAAGAAAGAAGGUGCUGCGGGCGCGGCGAAGGGUGUUGGUAUUGGAUUGUUGAAUUUGGGGACAAAGGUUGGUUCUGGGGCUCUUGGGUUGUUUGCGUUGCCAAGUCAGGGGGCGUAUAUGAGCGCGAGGGCGCUUGUGAAGAGGAAGACUGGGAGGAGUAUUAUGGAGGCGAGGAAGAUUGAGGGGAGGGAUGUUGUUGAGAAUAGUGAUGAGGCGGAACGCCAGAAGAACAGGGCAGCUGUGAUAGAGGGAUUUGAGACACUGACGGGAGAGAAAACGAGGUAG